AUGUUAAUUGGCCCGAUUUACGCUCUCUUCGGGGAAGUCUUGAUGGUGGUGUCGUUAAUGUGAGUACAUUAUUUCUACUAAUGACAUUUGUACUGUCUUGAUCAACACUGAAUCCUUAAGUGCCGAUUUUUUAGCGCAGCUAUUGUUGUCAGGGCUCUCACGUCCAAAACCCAAGGCUAUGCACGAAGGGCUAACGAAGGGCUAACGCUUUUAAAACCCCUUACGGUGGCCAAUUUACGUUAUCAACACAGUUGAUAAUACCAAAUUACCCUGUUAUACUUUCCCACCGACACAUCACCACAGUUUCUUAAGAAACUUACCCCCUUUAUUCUAAGGUCAUGAAUGUUUCGUGCCUCUUUCCAUUUUCAGGGAUAUAGCUAUUUCAAAUGCUAACGUAAAAAAAGCCGACAAAAGCGACAAAUUGUAAGGGCUUAGAGUUAAAAUACCUCAAUAAAGAUAGCCAAAAAGAUAAACCGAUGCCUCUAACUUAAAGCCAAAUGUCCGUUCAUUCAAACUGUUCAACUUAAAAUUGUUCUGAUGCAGCAUUAGUCUUAACGAGUACCGGAUCAGUACAAUGUCUUCGUUGAUAGUGCUUGACAAGCAGCCUCAAUCAUUUCAAUUUUCUAGACUAAAUGCGAUGAUUUUUUUUCUGCAGCUUGCAGAAGGCUCGUUUAAUGGCUGACGAAAGUAUUGCGAGUUUCUAUGGAGCAAAUGAUUCUACACAACUUAUCAACGAAGAUGAGCAAGAAACAAGAGCGCGGAUAGAGGACUCCUUUUACAACGACCAACCGAUAGGAACUAAGGAUCAGAGAACUUUACUGAGUGCAGAUGAAGAAAAUAGGGAAUCAGUUGAGAAUAAUGAAAAGGAAAAAGAGGGAAAACCCAGCGAUGAAUCGAGUCUUUCGAUCAGUAACAGCGAAAAGCAAUACAUUCACUCAGAAGAGAAAUCACAGAGACCCACCUCUUUGUCAUUCAGUAACGAUCAUGCAACGGGCCAGAGUCGUCACGGGGCUGUCACGCCAAGUCGGCGGCAGGUGUCAUUUAUUCGAGAGGCCAAUCAAAACGAAUCUUGUGACGCAAGCGUUGCCUUCGACAACUCCCAAUUAUCAUCAGACUCUUUGUCACGCGUUCGGGCCAUCACGAGCGGUAGCGUGUAUUACCGAACGCAUAGCGAGGCGGAGGAAUGUGAUGAAAACGAACUGAGUUGUUAUCGAAGUAAUUCACAAAUACGGCGGAGAAGAAGGUACACCAAACGUGGUGCUGUAGUUUCGGAUUCUUUCGUCAAUGAAUGUAUCUGCUGCUGUGUAAUUAUUUAGAGAGCAGGCCGAAAGAACAGUAGUUACACGUGGCUUCGCACAGACCUGUCCAGUGAGGUCUCGACAAGUUACGCAACGACAUCGCCGAGAAAGUUGUCAGUCAAACUCUCAGGAGUGAUCAGCAUCUAUUUUCUCCCUUUAGCAUCAUUUCUGAAUCAAACAUUAAGAUCAUGAGAAUAAAGAGCAUGAUCGCCAACUAAAAUAGGUUGAUUGUUGAACAAACUUUCCUUAUCAACACCAAAGAAAUGUAGAAAGAACAGUGUAGAGAACGAAUAAGCAUGAUGGUUUUGGCGGUGUUAAGGUUUAAACAAAAGAUUACUAUUACGGAGUACAAACUGUAACCUGAGCCAGCCCCUCGUUCAAAGGUUACCCCUGACAACUGCCAUUUCUCUGAGAGAUGGAGCCUGAGAUAGGUUCGGUACCAACUGGUUUUUUUGUCAAAUUCCCUCAUCCUGCAAAAUUUUGUCAAGAGCUUGCUUCUAAUCUCCCUCAU